UUUUAUAGGAUUGGUUGGCAAAACAUCGUGCAAGUCUUGUUUUUAUUUUUAAUCACUAACUGCGUCGCAAAAGGUAUAAGGAAGGAGACAAGGUGAAUUGCUGAAUAAUAAAAAUCGAAAUGACUGACGCGGCGCAUCGGUCAGCAGAAGGUGAAUUCACAGGAUGCUCCAAUAAACAGAUAGCAAACUCCAAUUGUUCAAAAAUGGAUAACAUCGUCAUGUCAAAUAAAGCUAAGGACAACGAUGAUGUAUUAGAUAUGGAAGCCCAAAAGCAUGACAAAAUAAACACUGAAGACAAGCCUGUUGACGAUCUAAAAGAAGAUGAUUGUCCUUCGAGUCAGCAUCGAAUGUGGUCUCCAGACUGUCUAUGCCAAAAUAACCCACAGUUUUUUGGAGCAAGUGCCCAAGAUGGUAGCACAGGAAACAGUAACCUGGUUGGCACAAAGGAUACAGCAGAUGAAGAACUCAAAUGGAAAGACUGUAUUCAGAAAAAAGAUGUCAAAGCAGCAAGGAAACUGCUAGACGACGACAUUUUACCAGGACCAGAGGAAUUAAAACUUGCUGUAAACAUUUUUACUGAUAGCAAUGAAACUCGGGAAAUAGUCAAAGAUAUAUGCCAGAGAAUUGAAAUACUCUUGCAGGAGGAACAUGAAGAAAUUGAAUAUAUAAAAGGCUGCUUCAAGCAUGAUGACCCUAACAAAGAUGUAAUUUUUGUUAUCAAAACUUCAAAACCGACAACAAUAAGAAGCCUUUAUCCAUUUUAUGUAGUAGAACAAGACAAUGAAGAGGCAAUGAAAGAAAUGGAAUACGAAAAUUGCACAGGAAUCCAAUCCGAAGUAAUGUUUCAAAGAGCUUGCGAAUGUUUGCGCAUUACGUCCCCUGACUUCAUGGAAGCUCAUAGUAAUCUCACAAGCACAUCUGUAAGUCCAGUUAAGUUGCGUAAACAGCAAACUCCAGAUAAAACAGUUUGUUUAGUAUUUUAUGUUGAAGCUAAGGGUUACAUCCCCAUUGGAGAAGACGUUUUACCUGAACUGAUAAAAUGCGAUGAGGAUAUGGAAUUUGUAACUGAUGUAAGAGAAGAUGAAUGUGCAAUUGCUUCUGCUGGACCAUAUGAUAAGCAUGACGAUUUAAAGAUCGGUUGUCGGGUAGAAUCUUCCACAAAACUGUAUGGGGGCACGCUUGGUUGCUUCGUUGAUCUUCCUAAAAAGGGCUUGUGUGCAAUUACAUGUUCACAUGUUUUGUUAAAUGUUAAAGAUUUUGACGACAUUUACUACGGAAGACAGAGCAUAGAGUCACUGGGUACAAUCCAUUGUUACCAGCCUAAACAACCCGACCUUUGUGGAAAAAUAUGUGAUAUCAGGUUGUUUGGCAAAAACAAAAAUAACUGCGGUAUGGACAUUGCGUUAUUCAAAGUUGACGAGGAACGUAAACCAAAGACAACUGCUUUCCCAGAUAUUCUCGCAGCUGAUGUGGAUGGAAUCGACUAUUCAUUGAUAAAUGAUUUGUUGUCAAACAAUUUGAGACAUAAUCCAAGAUCUGUCAUUCAAGACCUAAAACAAAUGAAAAAUUUAAUGAUGAAAGGUAAUACCAAGGUUGUCAAAUACGGAAUGAAAACAAAGCUCACGUCUGGAAAGUUUUACAGUUUCGGUUCAGGAAUCAAAUUGGAAACGGUUGGCUAUAGCUUCAGUAAAGACAAAGCUGCCAAAUUUAAGCCAGGAAAAUCUGUGUAUGAACUUGCCGACCAAAUAAGGAUACGCGAUGAUUGUGGAAAGUUCUCUGAAGCCGGUGAUUCAGGUGCUAUGGUGUUUGUAACAGAUGAAAACAAAGACCUAAUGGCUCUUGGUAUUCUAACUGGCCGUAACAAAAAGGGAAACGUAACUUUUGUGACACCGAUCUGGAAUAUUUUAGAGGAAAUUGAAAUGCCAUUACCAUAUGUUCUUGCCGAACCAAGUAAGGCACACUUGAUCAUAGAAGAACUGAAACGUUCACUUCUUUCGAUUUCAAACAAUUGCGAGGCUUUAACUAGCAUAUUAGAUCAGUAAGUAUAAUAAAAAGAAUCUACAAAUGUAGGUUCUUAAUCCGUAACUCCUAGACUAAUUGACAUAAAUAGAGUACUUUUAACUUCAAAUUAGAAAACAGUUUUCCCCUACACAUUUGGAACUAAUCAAUAAUAUUCUUAGACGUUGUGUUUGUCUUCUGUUAUGCUUUUGAUACCUUUUCGAAAUAAUUCAAGUAAUAUGUAAUAUUUUCAAUUUCGUUUUUAAUGAAAUAUGUCGUCUUGAGUUACUAGAGAUACCACUGGUAGUAAUAUCCUACACUACUCCAUAAUAACCUUUUGGAAUCGAUCCGUUUAUAAAGGUUACUUUCGUUUUGUUUUAAAUAUAUUUUACUACCUUACCAAUCAACAUCCAUCCACGUCAUUUAUACUCGUUUUAAUCAGAAAUUGAAACAGUAAUAGCUGUUACAUUGUUUGAUUUUAUAGUUUUGUAAAAGGUCAAGAUUAUUUGUAGCAAAAAUAUUUGAAAACAAAUGUUUUGUUUCAUAUCUAAUGUAUAUUAUACAAUGUAAGAGACAGAUGAUACUAUAAUUUAAGUUGUUUUUUAAACUUAUAUGAGGGGAGUUUAAUAAGUUCGUAGAACUCGUGGCCAACUCACAAAAUAUGUUUUUCUUAAUACAUGUAUAAUAUCCUUUAACCGUAAAAACUAGCGUCUGUUUGGUCCUAAAUCAGGCUUCAACAGGAGACUUUAGCUCAUCAUCGUCCCGAAAUUUCGUGAGACCUAAAAGUAGUUACCUGGGACCAGGUCUUAACUGUAUGACAGGUAAUUUAUUGCUCGCUCACACAAUUACUCAUGCAUAGACGCUAGUGCAAGGGCACCAAUGGCUAGCUUCCCCUCCAUUUAUCUUUAAAAGCAAGCCUUGGUUUGUAUAGACAAAUACCGGGUUGUACCGUCUUAUUAACUCCCUUCGUAUAUGUAUGUAGACAAAUAUUUACAGCCGAAAAAGGUCUUGAAGCUCCUAACAAUUGUCGUCAUAAUUCCUCUAUUAAAUGUAAAGAAUAUGUUUAUUGUUGGUGGGUUUUCUUUUUUAUGUCUUUUGCCAAGAAAUGUUUUAUAUCAUGAUUGUAAUAUUUAUUGCAUUUAUGUCAUCGAGCUUUUUAUU